CCAUCAACCCCCACCAUGCCACGCACCUAUUGGAAGGAGUUCUUUUUCAGGAGCAAGACCUUUUGUUGCUGUCUGCCUGUGAGGUUUGGCUUGAUCUCUAUGUCGUUCUUGGGCAUUCUUUUCGGAGGUAUCUUAUCCAUCAUUUGCUGGUUUGAGGUUGCAAAUGUUGAACUGGAGGCACCAACGAAAGCGGCGCUCAUAGUUGGUGGAUUGGUGGAGACGAUUCUAUUCGCGGCGUCCAUGUUGGGUUUCAUAGGUGCAAUUGUUCGCAAACAGUCGUUCGUACAGACCUAUGCGUAUAUUCUAUACGUGCACUUCGUGCUGAACCUCGCGGUCGCCGUGUACCUUCUUGUUAUGGUCACUAAAGCGGCUUCGACUGCGGUAGUCAAGGCUUGCCAGCAAACUGUGAAAAACACUGGAGCACAAGAUCAGUGCACCGGUUUGCUCAAAAGUGUACGUCUGGUUAUAGUAGGCGUCUCAGCUGUCGUCUUGUUCGUAGAGCUGUAUGGGGCCAUGAUUGCCGCUCGGUACCUGAAUCAGAUCAAAGUAGAAAAACGAACAGCUCGUUCAUCGCGUAUCCAAGCUGCAGAAGAGUACGAAAUUCAGACAAGGAAACGAACUUCCGGAAUAACUCCGGGAUUCAGUCCGCCUUCAGACUUCUCCCAGGAUUUCAAUCCAUAUGAAGCGGCCAAUGUUCAUCACGAUCGCAGCACCGCGGGCUCCUCCCAUAGCUACCAGAGUGUGCCAUUAUUAUUACAAGAUGGAAACGAGGCAUAUGAUGGAGAAAGACGGACCCAUGGACAGCUUGAAGAGGAGGACGAGGCUCGUAUGCGGAAACCGGGUGAUGCUCAAGACGAUGUCGCAUUUCCAAACCCUUUCCUUAGUAGAGACGAAACUGGGGGUGCUGUUAAAACUGUAUACAGGCCAUCACAACCAGCAGAUGAGAACGAGCUUCCUCCACGAUAUUCGUAGAUAAUCCCCGGACCAGUGAUAUCCGGUGCACCCUUCUGGAUUAUUGGAUCAUUGAAGUAUGUAUCUUGUCAUUUUUUAUUUGAGACACCGCGAGUGUGGUAUUUAGAAGUAGCUUAUACCGGGACGCGUUUGUUUUCUGUCAGGUUAUUCACACAUUAGGAACAAUACGAUCUUUAGAAAACUCGAG